AUGACCUCCUCCUUCACCGUGCCCUCGGGCCUAAUGCGCACUCUUCGCGCGUGCAUGGUCUGCUCUGUCGUGAUGCCUCAAAGCAAAUUCAACCACGAAGGCUGCCCCAACUGCGACCACGUCCUACAACUCCGCGGCAACAACGACGCCAUCCAAGAAUGCACGUCGCAAGUCUUUGAAGGGCUGAUUUCCAUUGUCGACGAGCGCCAGAGCUGGGUCGCGCGCUGGCAGCGACUGGAUGGGUAUGUGCCGGGGACGUAUGCGAUCAAAGUGACGGGCACAUUGCCGACGGAGACGGUGGCGUCGUUGGAGGAUGCUGGGAUUAAAUACAUUCCGCGCGAUGGAAGUGCAAAUGAAGAGGAGUCGUGA